AUGAGAUACAGCUGCGCGCGGUGUCGAAAGCAAAAGAUCAAAUGCUCUGGGUUGCAACCAUGUGAGGGUUGUAGGAAGCGCAAGGUGGCAUGCAAUUUUGACGAUAAGGACGACAAGGUGGUUGUAACAAGAGCGUAUCUUUUGGAUCUACAGCGAAAGGUAGCUACACGCAGUCCAUCAUCUCCGGAACACCCGCCACGGACGGGUGACAAUGCCAGGAGUAAUAUAGCCACGCCGUCCAUCUCUGGGCAUGAGGAUGACACGUUACUAGAGGAGGGCCGCGAUGCGGACGUCACUCGGAAUAAUGAUCUCGACUCAGCUUCAAGAUCAGAUGGGCGAGAGGAUAGGUCUUCGGAUCUUACAAAUCCUCUUGCAGAUUCCCCCUCUACGUUCAUGUCAACCUUAAACGGAAAGCCUUUCUAUCUAGGAACUUCGUCAAACUGGUCAUUCUCAGGGCGACUACUUCAAAUAACACAUGAGUAUCUGCACAAGACUCCUUUGCCAGCAGAAGCUAUCCUUUUUGAUGGAUCUGCCUAUGGCUUUGGCUGGCGAGGGGACUCCAUCACGGACAACGCCGACUUACCAGCCAUACCGAGUCCAGACUAUGCCAUAUACCUCAUCAAUGCCGUCAAAUUUCAUUGUGGGCAACUCUUCCAUUUAUUCGAUGACGAAGAGUUCCAUCGCAACCUUCAACGAUUCUACUCCAACCCAAAUCAAAAAGAAAAGAAAUCCGAUUUAUGGUAUAUCCACUUUCUCUUGAUUUUGGCUUUUGGGAAAAUGUUCAUACUGCAAAAAGUCACGGGGACACGGCCGUCUGGCUCCGAGUUCUUCCAAAGAGCAAUGGAGAUUCUCCCACCCACCUAUAUUCUUUGCCAGCAACCCAUUGCCGCUACAGAAAUUCUAUGUUGCAUCGCACUUUAUCUCCAAUGCUUUGACCAUAGGCAAGCUGCAUAUAUCUAUAUCAGUCAGGCCAUGCGCACAGCCAUGGGCUACGGUAUGCACACGGAGAUGCCAGUCGCGCAAUUAGGCGAGGAAUACGUUCAGCGGUGCCGCAAGAUUUGGUGGACCAUAUAUCUACUUGACCGGCAGAUGACUAGUCUCAUGGGCUUACCGCAAUGUAUACAAGACGCUGACAUCCAGUGCCAAAUGCCUGUAUAUCCAGAAGCCAGCCAGCGAACGACCACGCUGGAAAUGCACAUCAAAUUGGCCGGCGUCAUCGCUGGGAUAAGCAGUAUCUAUGGUGCCGACGGGCGGCUGAAUCGCAAAUUCCUGGUUAGCACAAAGGCAUUGCUGGAGAGCUUGGCCAGCCUAGCCAUUGAACUUGGACAGGUUGUGCCAUUGAAACUGGAUAAUCCUGGCUAUGGGGUACCGAGAAUGUCAGCUUCGCUGCACCUGCUGUAUCAUCAGUGCAUCGUAUUAGCAACGCGCCCACUGAUAUUCUGCUGCCUCAAAAUGUGUCUUGAAGGGGCAGUAAACUCGAAAGAACCCACACGCCACCGUCUGAACUCGAUAGUGCAGAUGUGUAUGGAGUCUGCUCAGCAAACCAUCAUCAUACUAGAGAGCCUGCAGGCGCAGGGUCUUCUGGAAACAUUUCUUCCAAUGGAUCUCGACGCCUUGUACGUGUCGUCAGUAAUUCUCGCCAUUGCGCCCGUGGUCGAUGACCAGCGCCUCAAAGACCACGCUUCCUGGACGCACCGAUCACUCACCCUCCUCGACACGAUAAUCAGCGCCGGGAACCUGAUUGCCACAUGGCGGAGGUCCGAGGUGCAGCAGCUCGACCAAAACAUGGAGCAGAUCCUCGCCGUCGGCCUCCACGCUCCGUGUUCGUCGGCCUCGGUAGCAGUGGCGGAUGUACAGAUGCCGGAAGCAUCGCAUACAGAGAACAUGGCUUUUGAUCAGAGCUCCCUGCAGUCGCAGGCCUUGAGCAUGAUGGAAUCUGGUAGUGGCGAAGACUUGACGGCAGACCAGAUCAUGGCGAUUGCGAAUUCCAUCCAGGACGAGGACGUGGAAUGGAUGGAACGAGCUAUAGCUGAAAACAGUAUAUGGUGA